AAAAUGGUUCCUGCUUUAGGACAUAUAUCACAAAUGAAAGAGAGUGGGUCGUCAGAAAUUUGAACGUAUCAACAAAAUAUUAUGUUCGUGUUCUUGCCAGUAAUAAAGCAGGAAGUAGUGCUUACAGUGGAAGUGAAGGAUUUUUUACGAAUGGAAGUAAGUACAACAUGUAUAUUUGAAUCUUGUCUGUGGUGAAGAAAACUGUUCAGAACUUGAUGUUUGCCUACUUUUAUACCGUUGAAAAACCAGGGUCUCCUUCUAGCAAGAUAUUUUACUCAUUAAUACUUUCACAUUUCCCUCCAGGAGCAGCAAAGAAGGCCACAGAAGUGACAUCAAGUACGCUCACAUUUUCGUUGGAAAUUCCAUCGAAAACGUCUGUGUAAGUUGAUCGACUUUCUCAUGGUAUCAUUAUGGUCGCUGUUGUAAUAUACUUGCAGAUAUAAGCCGACACUUUGUUAAAUCUCCUACAUUGAGAUGGUCGCGAUCAUCAUGCCAUUGCACGGAAUUAGUCUCAGAUAUUAAGAAGCCAUUUGAAUCUAUUUUUAACGGUUGUUAUAUUUGAAGGUAAUUCUUAGUUUGUAGUUAUUUCUACGUGGUGGCUUUGAAAUUAAAAGAUGGCAAGAAACCUAGAUCAUCUGACAGUUACGAGAACAGUGAGUUAGUGACGUAUGCCGAGGCAAGAAAAUCAACCAAUCCGAAACCUUAUAUCGCUGCAGUUGUUGCAUCCAGCGGAGUUAAUGGAAACAUGUUUGUACUUGGUGAUGGCAGAAAUUCUCGUGAUCCAACAUCACGAAGACGCAGAUCAACCUCAAGUGAUUACUAUAAUG